GUGAUCAUCUGAAUAAUUAACUCGAAACGUUGAACAGUACAAAAGGAUUGCUCAAUCUUGAUCCAUGAUUAUCAAAUAUCGAAUUAUUCCAAUUCCGACGAUUUACUUCAAUCAGCAGUUACUAUUUCUAUCGACCAUUGUUGAUACCUGUAGUUCACUUUUAGCUAGAGAGGAAGUUUCAGUUAAUAAUGAUUCAUGUAUUUCCAAUGCCCUUAAAAUUUCGGCGAAAAUGGGCAAUCUUGAUGAAGGGAAAUAUAUACAUGGAAAUGUUAUUAAGUUGGGUAUGACAAAUGUUCUUUCCCUGGGAAAUCAGCUCUUGCAAGUUUAUGUAAAAUGCAGCGAGUUUGUUGAUGCGUGCAAGGUGUUCGAUGAAAUGUGUGUUAGAAAUAUUGUUACUUGGAAUACGUUGAUAUGUGGUUUAAGGUAUUCUGUUGAGCGUUUCAAGACAAAUGGUUAUCUGGGGUUCUGUUAUUUCAAGCAAAUGUUGAUGGAAUCGGUAUCUCCUGAUUGCAUUACUUUCUGUGGGUUGCUCCGACUUUGUGUGGAGUUAAAGGGUGGUGUUUGGUUGGCCAAGGAGUUGCAUUGUGCUAUCGUGAAGUUGGGAUAUGAUCAAAGUUGUUUUCUUGGUGCCACUCUUGUUGAUUUGUAUGGGAAGAUUGGGUUGAUUGGAGAGGCUAGGUGUGUUCUUGAUGGGGUUUUGGCACGUGAUUUGGUGUUAUGGAAUGUUAUGAUUUCUUGCUAUGUACUGAAUGGUUUGGGUGAAGAGGCUUUUUGGUUAUUCAGUUUGAUGAGAUUGGAGGGGUUUGAGGGGGAUGAGUUUACAUUUGCUAGUCUACUUAAUUCCUGUGCUAGUUUGGGGCUUUAUGAGACAGGUAGGCAGAUCCAAGGACUUGUUAUUAAAGUUUGCCUUAACAAGGAUGUGGUGGUUGAAAGUGCACUUGUUGAUAUGUAUGCAAAGAAUGAACAUAUAACCGAUGCUCGCAAGGCUUUUGAUGCAAUGGCCUUCAGAAAUGUAGUCUCUUGGACCACAAUUAUUGUAGGUUAUGGACGCCGUGGAGAUGGGAAGCAAGCUAUGGAACUUCUAAAAAGGAUGGUAAGAGAGGAUUUUGUUCCUGAUGAGCUCACUUUGGCUAGUGUUCUUAGUUCAUGUGGUAACUUAUCAAUGGCCACUGAAACUGUACAAGUUCAUGCUUAUGCAGUUAAAUAUGUAUUCUCAAAUUCUAUAUCAAUUGGAAAUGCAUUAAUAAAUGCGUACUCAAAGUGUGGUAGUAUAGCUCAUGCUUACCAGUCCUUCAGCUCAAUAAAAGCACCAGAUCUUUUCUCAUGGACCUCAAUGAUUGGAGCUUAUGCAUCCCAUGGCUUUUCAAAGGAAGCUAUUCAACUUUUUGAGGAAAUGUUGGUAAAUGGUGUGAAGCCAGAUAGUAUUGUAUUUCUAGAGGUUCUCUCUGCCUGUAGCCAUGGUGGUCUCUUUAGUAAAGGGCUGCAGUACUUCAGUUUGAUGACUAAUUACUACCAAAUUGUGCCAAGCUCAGAACACUUUGCCUGUCUCAUAGAUCUUUUUGGACGAUUAGGCCUUCUAAAUGAGGCUUAUGAAGUUCUAAACUCAAUGCCAAUUGAAUCCCAACCAGAUGCCCUGAAGGCUUUCGUUGGCGCUUGUAGAAUCCAUGGAGAUAUGAAAUUGGCAAAAUGGGCUGCAGAAAAGCUUUUCAUGACAGAUCCAAAUGAUACUGCUACUUACGUCCUGAUGUCAAACUUGUGCGCCUCUGAUAGUAAUUGGCCUGAUGCAGCCUUGAUCUGGGAAUUGGCUAGAGAGCGGUUGCAUAACAAAUCACCAGGCUGUAGCAUGGAAAUUAUUACUCAUGGAAUCAACACAUUAGCAUGAAGCUACUAAAACUUCGCUGCAGUUGCAAACACUUGGGCUGCUUUGAGCAUGAAAAUGGAGGAGAACAGGGAAUGGAUGUUGUUAGGAAACAGAAUGAGAUUGAAUAUGUAGCAAGAGCAAGGCAAGGGUUGCCAGACUGAUUGAUGAAAGGUUAACCUCUGCACAACAGUUGUGUAAAUUAUAUUAAAGGCUCCUAAAACACAAGAAAAUUUUGUCAUCUAAUUGUUAUGCACUAGUAUGAUCUCAAGCCAAACCCUAAGCUUCAGGAAGCCAAAAGAACCUUUUGAUGGAUGGAGGCUCCGCGACAUUCUUUUCAGGGAAACACAAGUACAUGGUAUCUACAGUAAACAUUUUUUUUUUUGCAAGACUGUGAAGGGAGAUUGUCUAUACUGUUGGCUUCUUGUCCGUAGAGAUUUAUUUCUGAAAGAAACUCAGAUUUUACCUGUAGCUUCACAAGGAUCUGUAUAAUGAGAAGAUUCAAACUUCCAUUCAGAGAAU